GCUGAAGGGCCUGACGCCAACCGGUGCCCUACCGCUGGGCGCACUGUCCGGUGGCAAGCAGUCGCUGCACAACGCGCUGCAGGGCUUCUCGCCGAACCACAAGAUCACCUCGUUUGCCGAGGCGAAGGGGCUGGAUGCGAUCAACGAGCGAAUGCCACCGCGACGCGACACCACACCUACGCCCAGCGACGAGAAACCAAUAUCACUAGCGGCACCCAAGUAAUCAUAUUUCUAAUUAAUGCUAAUAAUAUAUUACACUUACUAUUAAUAAAGAGAAGGAAAUCGGUGAAACAAAAAGCAACAAAACAAAACAACAAAUCCUGCAAAGCAAACCGCAAUUGGAAAACCGGUAACACGGGCAAAGGUUCAAACAGGCGGCAUCAAACUGCAAGCAAAUGAAACAAAAUAUUUACGCUAUUAAAAGUGGAAGAAACUUCAGGCAAAACAAAGAAAAAAAAACGCUGCAGCAGCAUAGCCAGAGCAACAUAGUUGAGGAAAGACAAGUGAUCGAUCGUACUUUCGGUAGGAAGGGAACACACACGCAACUCAGUCACAAAAGCAGAAAGACUAAGUAACUGCGUACGCGUCUGUGGCUAGUGGUCAAAGACACUGAACAGAGCACCAGCAUAGCGAGCGGCAUAGGGCGGGAAAAAACAAAACACAAAACUUUCCUCUCCAGCAAGCAUAUUGUUUUAUCAACCUGUUAAUGAUCUUUUGAUGCAAAAGAUAUCAUGAGUCGCAGGUAGACGUAAGAUUUUAGAGAAUGAGAGGCACAGGAAAAUAAAAUACAAAAAAACAAACAAACAAACAAAAGCAAAUGUUGCACUGUUCUACAUCUCGGCGUGCAGGAGAUAUUGCCUCGUUCGCGAUAAACUUGUUCACAAAUUGCUUACUACACAUGCAAUAUUUCAAUCGCAUCGAGUGCUCAUUCGCCCAAAGCGCUCUAAAAGCAAAGACGGCUAAAAUGGCAAAUGACAUGCGUGAUAGCGACUAGUGGAGAAGCCGUGCAUAGCCCUAUAUUCCUUCCGAUAAAUAACAGAACAAUCGUCGUUUGUAUUGUUGAACAUGUUUUAAACACCGAAAGUGGAACGACGAGUCAGAGAUUUAACAGCAAAACAAAUUCAUCAUAAAUAGGCCAUACAUUUACAUCCACCCACGUCCACCCCCCCAUUUCCCCCACACUGCUCCCAUACUACCCACUCAGCACCAAUUUCACAUGCCUACAUGCAAGCGUAGAUGAAUAAGAUUUGUUGCCAUUUUCAUCGUGACUGUAUCGCUUCCCCCGAAAAGCGUUUUCGCUUUCUUCUUCUUGUGCGCGAGUUGCAUUUGUUCCUUAUCCUUCCUUGAUGCACCAAUUGUUCGUUAGUUCUAAAAGUUAAAAGAAACAAACAAUGUUUUGUUGCAAAACAUUAUAGAGAACGCAUGGAAGAAAUGGAUAAAGAGAAACACUAAAGGAAUAUGCUGUUUAAAAAAUAUCACGUCACAAAUUCAAUCAAAGAAUUCAAUUCUUUAUAGAUAAUUACUUCACUAUCGAAAAGCUUUACAAAUAAAUAGUAUUGCUCUGGAAUGCAAGCCUGCUCCAAGUAUCAAUGUCCUGUUUGAGAGAAGUCAUUUUUCAUACUUCAUGAUUUUCUGUCCUCGCCGGCUCGAUUCAUCGCUUUUACCACUACAGAACUUUUAGUGAACCACCUUGUAGAGUAAUUAGAAACUUUUACCAUACAUCCUUGUAGCUAUCCAUCUAACAAAUACAGGAUCAUUCACAACUGUAACAAGAGAGCUCUACUACUUCGGUUUCAACUCUAGUUCUUGUCCUCCUGUUCGAGCAUAUGCAAAUGACAAACAAUAAACGCGAAAAUCGUGAAAUUUUGAUCGAUUUUUCGAACAGCAUCAUGUGUAGGAGAUACUGUAAAAGACACAAGAUCAAGAUGGAAUAACAAAAGUAAGACAGCGUGUAAGAUUUAAGUCACAAAGUGAUCGUGAACGCAUAUGUGAGCUGAAAUAGGCAGAACGAAUCUCAGUUCAGCUACUAUUUCCCGCCUUUUUCAUGUGUUUUAGAUUAGAUUGAAAAGGAGCCUCAAGAUGACAAUCGAGUUCCUUACUAAUUAGGGUAAAUAUUCGUCUUUCUCUAUACUAUUUUUGGUGGGUUUUUGUUUGUUUUCUUUCAAAAAGGACGAGCAAUAUGAAAGCUAUCUCUCCUGCUGUUCUAGAUUUUUUACGCGAUAUUUUACUGUUUCAAUGACGUGCACUAUGCUGAACUAUGUUUAAUUUCUUUACGAGCGCGCAAGACUUACAGAAAGACAUCGUUAUUGCUCGUGAUCGUGUAGGAACAGAGAAGGAUGCGCAAUAACGGGCCACUUCACGGUAAAUCUACCACAACUUGAAUUGCUAAACGUCAGUGGGGAAGCGAAAGUAAGAACAUACAUAUUAUCCGAUAAAUAAAUAGCAAAAGCAAAAAGAACACAGUUUGCAAAUAAGUGUAAAAUUGAUUAAUUGAUAAGUAAUAUAAUUUUAUUCAUUAUUAGACAAAUACAGAAACAGCUUGAUCGUACGUCAAAGAAAUGGAGCUGAUAAUUGAAUCGGAGGGAGAAUAACGAACAUGCGCGUCUAGACAGUGUAAGAGAGGAGUAACAUAAGGUUAAAAAAACAAUGGGGAAACAGCAAACAAGCAACAUGGCAAAUGACAAAAUUUAAACAAAUAUUUCUACGCGUUAUUUCAAGCAAGCGACGGCAAGCAAGCAAAAAAUGUUGUUUCGUACCAACCGAGGAUAGGUUCACAAAUAUACACAGAGACAAGGCAAAUACACAACACACAAACACACCCAAACACACACACACACACAUCGUAUGGCAUUAUCCGAAAGGGCACACGUACACAUACCGAUCGAUCGUUCAUGAUCAUUUAUGCAAAAUCAACUACAGUUAUCACAGGCGUAAAGCAAAUGUAUGGCAUCGUUAUCGAUUAUUCCCAGUGUUUAUGUACUUUGAACGAUUUAACUACCAAAAAACUGCACGUGAUAUAUACACGCACAUGCAGAUACGAAAGAGUGUGUAAUUAUCCUUCAGCAUCGUUACGAUCAUUUCGACGCAUGUUGCAACUAAGCAAACGUUUGCCUUCGUAUCCGAAACCAUUUCCCCUCAUUUCGAACGCAUCUGAUAUUUCAGAGCAUUGUUGAAGCAAAAGUAAACUACACUUUAACCACUCACAAUUCAAGAAAUUCGAAGCAAUAUUACGCUUUCUACGGGCAUACUGUUGUUUCUAUUCGAUAUUCUCAUCUUCCUGCACAUUUCCCUUCGACAAAUUAUUUCUUACUGGUAAGGGAAGGAAAAGCAAAAAACAAAAGUAACAAACAUGAAAUAUCGAUAAGAAAACUAUCCUCCCAACAAGUACGCAAUAACGUUUCAUAACUAACAACAAAAGAGGUAAACACAUGUUUCAAUAAUGCGAUAAAAGUAUGGAAACAGAAGAAGCAAGCUACAUUACUCAAAACUCUACUGUGUUACGCGAUCUGACGAGAGGAAAAAAAAUGUUUUGUCUACUACCAAUUUUACUGCUAUUAAGAAGGCGAAAAAGCAACGUUAAAAUAAAAGUUUUUAAAAUCUGUUCUCCUAUUCUAACAUUGAUUUCUCUUCAACUGCCAUGUUCUUUCCUUUUUGGUCAUGUUUCAUCUAAUCGUCAUAUGCUUUAACUUUUCUUAAAUUAUUUUUCGGUUUCUCCACCCAAAACCCACUACAAUCGAACACAUUUAUCUUCUUCCUAUUUUCUCUCUCUUUAACAGAUUUUCGAAGUUUUAACGUAUCUCUGUGUCUACUCUUCGUUUUUUUCUCGCUGAAAUCCAUUUUUACUGUUUUUCUAAGCACCACAUUUUAUGGCAUCAUUGUGCUUCAGAACUGAAUAAAAAAGAAACACGCAUUUUAUAGUUAGCUCAAAACUGAACAACUCGCUAAAGAACUGUUCUACGAUCACUGAUACUUGGUCUUUUGGAGAGCAAAGAGAGCACUAAACAACAAUGCAAGUUAUUAUUAAAUUAUAGUGACAAAAAAAUAUCCUUGUCUGUUAUAACAACACCAUUGGUAACAUGCAAACACGACCCAAAAACAGAAAGAAAACCCACUACAACUAGCUAAGUCAUGAAAGAAAGAUGGAUGGUAUUCAAUUCAAAUGCAGGCAUAUAGAAGAAACAAUCGCCGCAUUGAGCAACAACUUGUAAACAAAUUAUGUAAGCAAAACACUUAAGAAUGGAAACAAAUUAUCUUGUGCAGUGUGUACUUUUUAGGUGUAGCAUUUCUUUCAAAUAUUUUCUUAUUGAUAAAAGUGAACCAAACGAAGAGAACAAAUAAGACAAGUAUAAUAUAAAUUAACAUUUGCUUCACAUCUGUUAAAGAAUUCGAGCGUCAGGGUUUAAACGGGGGAGGAGACUGGUAGUAUUACUGAUAAUGAUGUUGCGCAAAAACAAGAGUGUGGAGUGACGUCAAAGAUGGAUCGGAUAAACUAGUGGAUCUUUACAAAGGAGCAAAAAGCGCUUGCAUAGUCGCGAGAAAACAAAAUUGACAAAACAAAAACAAGAAAACAAGAAUAUAAAAAUAAUAAAAAAAACAAACAAACUAUGAUUAAAUCAACAUUUAAGCAAAUUUAUUAAACGAUAUUUAAGCGACUAAUUGACUACAAAAACAAAAUCCCGCAUUUCCAAGCCAAUGCAGAUGCGCUAACAAAGGUACGGUGCAACAGCGGAACAGCGGUAGAGAACAGGAAGAGAAAAUCUCGCGAAAAUGGGCGUGAACCAAACAAACCACACAAGAAUCUUUCGAACUUUAUAAAGUUUAGCUAAGCUACAUUACUCUCAAACACACAUACACAGAUACUAAUGCAUAUACAAGGAAAAACACUACCACACAUUCACGAAGGGAAAUUCGCUCGGAAGCUAUUGUCCGCUAUUGAAAAGUAACAAAAGAAACACAAACACACAGACAAUGGGCGGAAAGGGUUUAACAUGAAACAAGUAACAAACUAUGAAAAAGUUGUUAAGAUAUUCACACACACAAAAAAAUGAAACAUACAACAAAAGCAAACCACAAAUCAUCUCUAGCUGUGUUUUCAUCAAUUAAAAGAAAAGCGAAACAAAAUAAAGAAACACAACCAAGAUGCUAAUCGUACCGUU